AUGUUGUCUGGCAGCGCUUGUGCCCAGUCGGUUACCCGCCGCGCUCCCAACAUGUUGCGUUUAUCCGUGCUCAUAAUUUUACUGUCGCAUCGCAUCCGAACCGCACACGUUAACACAAACGCGCCAUCACUAGCGGACAGACUUGACAAACUGUACGAGAAGUUAGAAAAAAUCACCAUCGCACCCGUGGGACGUAAUUUGGUGAGGUCACCCCAAGAGAAAUUGUAUGAGAAGUUGGACAGGUUGAACUCUUUGACCCCGGACCGGAUCGAUUUGAGUGAUGAGGACGAGGAGUUGUUGUCGGCGAUACAGAUGUGGGGGAUGUUGAGUGCUGAACAACUGGACGGGGUGGUGAAGGAGCUGCAGGGGGCGAGGGAAGGGGACGAUGAGAAAAGUGCUGUGAACGACGGGGAGUACGGUGAUAGUGAAUGGAGUGAUGAGGAGCUGCAGGAUCUAGUGGAGGGCGAAUAUCCAAUGGAUUGGUAUCCAGACGAUGAGCAUGAUGGCACGUCGACUUCCAAACCUGUUAUUGGAGUCACUCCCUCAGCAUUUACCAGGCAGGAUCCUGAGUACCAGGAAUCCGUAUUGUCUGCGGUGGACCCCAUAGCUGCAACCAAUGAGAGGCCCAGGAUUCUUGAUGACUCGUCCCUCACAGUAGCAGAGCGGACAAAAUUGAGACGAGCAAUAUUUGCCAACGUAGCGUCGGUGGUGCGGAAGGGCAAGUGUAGGGAGCCACAGGCGAGAUGGCUGAACGUACGCCAACUGGCCCCCGCCGCUAACAUUGUGUACAUGCCUCCGUGCGUGCAGCUGCACCGGUGCGCGCCGGACGCUGGCUGCUGCUACGACGAGGCCGAGGUGUGCGCGCCCGUCGCCGGCCAGUAUAUCGAAGUACCAUUCUAUUUAAACAGAGCGAAUGGCAACAUGAGCAUGGCACGAAUGCUGUUUUUCAACCACACGCAGUGCGCUUGCGUGUCCCGCGAGACACUGCAGAGCACCGUGCAUGCUAGAGUGGAACACCAGAAGCGAGAGAACCACGAGACGAGGAAGGCAGUGACAGAACACCAGAGAUACGACCGGCAGCCGACUGAGGAGCCGGCUUUAGAGAAAGAUGAGCCCACCGCACCACCCCAAUUGAGAAGAUGUACCUGCCCAACGCUGUUCCUCGCUCGGAUAACUGAAAGUGGUUACUGCACGUGCGUUUGCGACUGGUCUGAGCUGAACCGUCGCCGUGACUGCCUCUCCCUGGCCAGGGGGAGGGAGCACUUCGGCCUGAGGGACAGGGUGUGCGUCGUGAACGGAGACUGCACCACACCGACGUGCGAGUACGGCGCUUACGACCGGAGUACCGGGAUAUGCCCCCUCAGGAAGUACAGGAGAAUUAAGUACCAUCACAGGGGAAGAAUGUUAACUGAGAAGUCUGUAGAGGUUUAGAGACUGUUAAUCUAUUGUCAGACUGCAACAAUGGCAAGUUCCAGAUUGAGGGUUAAAAUGACAAUAAUAAGGGUCUAAGCAGACGAGAGAUUUUUUUAACCGCGGAACAAAAUUCCUUGUUUUACCACCACGGACUCGCGUGUGUUAUGCAAUGCAAUGCAAUUUAAGUGUUCUAUACAGGCGAAAGAUUCACUUUUUUUUAUACAACUUAGAAUGGCAAACAAGCUGACGGCCCACCUGAUGGAAAGUGGUAACCGUCGUCUAUAGACAUGAGCCAGUACCAUGGACAUAACAGAGUAUACUGUUUCGCCCAUGAUACCCCCCAUGCGUUGCCAUUCCUGAGGAUUCAGGUGUUAUUCCUCUGUACCCUGUAAAUAUACUAAGAUUGCCCCUCGUCUAUGAGGGCUUUAAAUGAUCAGGAGGUCUAAUUUGGUAUUUUAUUAAAUAAAAUUCCAUAACUAGGUGUUAAUAUUUGUAUUUUUUAUUUAUCUAUACAAAACUGUGGCUAUUACAGAAGUUUACUAAAUAAUAACUUCACAUAGAUUUGAAUAGGCAGGUCUUUGAUUUGGUAAAAAGGUAAUUUUUCAUAUUACUAUGGUGAUAAACAUGUUUCGUGACCAUGCACUGUAGUUUCAGAGGAUCUUUCUCCCGCACAUACUCAGGUUAUGGAAUGAUCUUCCUGCCUUGGCUUUCUUUAGAGGCUACAGCAUGGAGUUUUUAAAAAAAAGGCGUAUUAGGUUUCUUAAGGGUCAGCAACGCGCACGUGAUAUCUUUUGUGUUAAAGACGUCCGUUGGCUACGGUAACCCCGUUUACCAUUAGACAGGCGUAUGUUUACCAGAGGGAGACUUUGUACAAAAGUCGAUUGCUGGGGUACCUCUGUCCCAUUCGUGUUUCAACCGUGAAGCAAUUGUGUUUGCAUGGCUGUGUUUCGGUUUGAAGGGUGGGAUAUGGCGUGAAUUUACUGGGUACAGAGGAACACCUGAGUCCUCAGGAAUGGCAACGCAUGGGGGGUAUCAUGGGCGAAAGAGUAUACUCUGUUAUGUCCAUGGUACUGCUCAUAUCUAUAGGCGACAGUUACCACUUUCCAUCAGGUGGACCGUCAGCUUGUCUGCCAUUCUAAGUUGUAUAAAAAAAAUAGUAACGAAUUUAGAAAUUACUGAGAACUUAGGAUUUUCAGCUACAGUGACCGUUUACCAUCAGAUGGACUGUAUAUUUGUUUAUCACUAUUAUAGUAGAAGAAAAGUAGUUCAUUGUACUACUUAAGUCAAUGCAAAAUACUAAGUUUUGUAUCUCUGCAUUAGAAGUGCCUAUAUAUAGAAAUUUAUCCGACUGUAAUCGGUUUAAACUGGAUUCAACAGGUAAAGAAACAUUCUAAAUAUAAAAUGUAAACGUUAUAAAGAACAGUUUAAUUACAAGUAUGUAGAGACACCAAUAAACUAUCGAUUAUUUUUCCUUGAUCAUUUACCUACUUUACCUACUCCGUAAGUCAAAUAAAGUAUUAUUUACCUAUUUACAAACACGUGCUCUACACUGUAAUAAUGAAAACUGAAAACAUGUUUUGUUCAAGAACAUGCUAUUGUUUCGUUGCCUAUAUAUAAUUUUGUAAUCUUGUCUAUGGAUUAAAAUAUUAAGUAAUUACAUACAUACAUAUCUGUCACGCCUGUCUCCCAUUAGGGUAGGCAGAAACAAUGGAACGCCAAAUGCUUCGAUUCGAACAAACCUCUUUCGCUUCCUCCACAUUCAUCAAUCUUAUCAUACACGCUCGCCGGUUACGGGUACUUUUAAUUUGGCCCUUCUUCAGCACGUAAUUAUUGUAUAAAUUAUAAAAAAAAAAAAACUAUAUAAGCCAGAGUCGUGUAAAAGUAAUACAAUUCCGUAAUCGGACUAACUCGUUUACGUAGACUGUGAAUUAUUUUCAUCGUACAUAUACGUGCAAAUAGAACACAAAAUUAUAAUAAAUUUCCUUAAAAAAAUUACGUAAAUAUAAAUAAUUUCUGAUUUAUUCAAAGUUCGUGGCAAGUCUCCGAUAAACAGCGGAAAAUAUUCUUUGCGAAAAAGUCUCUCGUCUGUUUCUAUAUGACAACAUUUUUAAACCAUUUUUAAGACAAGCUUUCAUAAUGUAAUCCGCCGUCUUGUGGCUGUAGAUAUUUUAAAAUGAUGUCAUUUAUUUUAUUGUUACCUAUUCUUUAAACUGCAUUUCAUACAUAUAUUAAAAAAAGCUGACAAAAUAUACACCAUCCGCCAUCUUGUGGCGGCGGCCAUUUUGAGAAUAUUGCAAUAUUGAAUAAAGAUUGUAUAUAGUCAUCAGAAGAAAAGAUAUGCAAAAAUUCAGUAAAAAAAAAUUGAGCGUACAAGAAUGGACCUAAAAUAAACUAAGUAACAAAGAUUGCAAAUUAAAUAUAUUCGUGUAAAAAGUAUUUACUCUGAGAAUUCACGUCCAUAAUGUGAUUUACAUUACAAGCAAGUGGGAGUGACGACCUUACCACGCUCUAAGUAAACUUGUAUGCUAACACAAACGUUACGAGUGUUUCUUUGUGAAUUUAUUUAUACUUAAGCAUAAUUUCUUUAAUUCAUGUUCAAUACAUUAGUAUGUAACAUGAAUUAGAUUAGAUACUAAUCAAUUAUAACGAUAAAAUAUUUAUUAUAUUUUUCUAUACAACAUUGUUAAAUGACAUCGAUUAAGUACUUAGAUUUUUUUAUAAUUCGUAAUCUGUAAAACUAAGGUAGUGCCAUAUAAGAAUGAAGUCAUAAAGUAAAUUCGUAUUAUUUAAGUAUUUGUAUUUAUUAAGUGAUUGUAAGUAAUAUAUUUAAUUUAAAGAAGGGAAGGGUAAUAGCAAUUAGUAAAGAAUGUUGCCAGUACAAGUAAAUUUUGUAAAAUUCGAAAUAUUCUAAAGAGACUAUAAACGUGCAUUCACAUAAAACACAUCAUUGUAGUAGACGUUAUAUUUAGACUGGGAAUAAUAACAAGGAUGUAAUAAUGUACGAAAAAAGAGCGACUUUUUUUCUUUCCUCUCUCCUACCCUGACACACUAGGCAUUUGAUGUAACCGCAGUAUGCAGUAAUAAAACAUAUAUGUAUUUGAAAUAUAAAAUAAUCAGUUUAGUGUAAAAUCACAUGGUAUUUUAUAAAAGACUGACAACAAACACACAACAAAUUUAAAAACAAUUCAUGUUCUAAAAACCACAGUGUCAACAGCCAAUAUUAAAACUACAACAGCAUCCACUGUCUCAGUGUAGGAGUAACCUUCCUAUCAAGAUUUGUUUAAAUCUCGAAUCUGAAUCAGAACCUGCGGUUAAAAAAAAACACAAUGUUAUUAAAAAAUUAAACAAUUUCCAAUUAUUUUAAUAUUUUAUACUAAGGUUUUUAAAGAAUAAAUCAUUGAUUUUAAUUUAAAAAUGUUUCAUUAUUCAUACGAAAUUGGGGUUCGAAACUUCGGAAGUUUCAUGGUAGAGCUCUUGUUUCGAGUAUGUAGUAUAAAUGCCUAUAUGCCUUCCCUAUUCUGUGGUGAAGACAGGAUGUAAAUUAUUAAUAGUAGAAAUAUAUUUGUAGUAGACCUAUCUGACGAUUCACGAAGAUCAAUGCAUAAUACCUUAUUGUAUUAAAUCUUCAUAUAAAAAUGUAUUUAAGUUGACAAUAAUUGUAAAUAAAUUUAUUAUUAAUAAA